AGAACCGGUAGACGAAAUUAGUCGUUCAAGCGCAUCCCCACCGACGAGUCUCAAAUUCGCCGCUCUCAGCACUCACUUCCGGCUGUAUUAAUGUCGUUCCGUGGGCGCGCGUGAUCCCGAGUAGCUGCUGGAGCUGCGCGAAAGGCCGUGCCGACGUUGACGGAGCCGCCGGAAGCCGAAGGAGCCGAGCUCUCUGUCUGAGAGCUGCAACCACCCUCAGGUGCGAAUUCGCCCGGUCGACGUUGACCCCGGCCACGCCCCUCACACCCAAAGCGACCUGACUGCGAAUGUGGCCGUCUCUAGUCGCCCCUGAAAUGCUAGUCUGACGCGGCCGGUGACUUAAAUUGACAGGUGUUCUCUUCUUACUCCUCUCUCGGCCUGUUGCUGCAGUCAAUUAGAUCACAAGCAUGGCUCACCUGCUGUACCAGGGGCUCGAGGCCUUCAAUGACUUCUUCGCGCGACACGGAGAUCAACGCGUCAAGGGCUGGUUCCUGAUGAGCUCUCCGCUGCCGACGCUCAGCAUCUGCCUGUCCUACGUGUACAUCGUCAAGGUGCUCGGCCCGAAGCUGAUGGAGAACCGCAAACCGUUCGAGCUGCGUCGCGUGCUCAUCGCCUACAACGCCUUCCAGGUGGUAUUCAGCACGUGGCUCUUCUACGAGUGCCUGAUGGGUGGUUGGCUGUUCCAUUACAGCUACAGGUGCCAACCUGUGGACACCUCUGACAAUCCCAUAGCCUGGAGGAUGGUCCACGCCUGCUGGUGGUAUUACUUCUCCAAAUUCACAGAGUUCUUCGACACAUUCUUCUUUGUGCUGCGCAAGAAGAACCAACACAUCUCGACCCUGCACGUGAUUCACCACGGCUGCAUGCCCAUGUCAGUGUGGUUCGGAGUCAUGUUCACGCCCGGCGGCCACAGCACCUUCUUCGGCCUGCUCAACACCUUCGUGCACAUCAUCAUGUACUUCUACUACAUGGUCGCCGCCAUGGGUCCUCAGUACCAGAAGUACAUCUGGUGGAAGAAGCACCUGACCACCCUGCAAAUGAUCCAGUUCAUCGGCAUCAUGACCCACGCGUUCCAGCUGCUCUUCGUCGAGUGCAACUACCCCAGGGCGUUCGUCUGGUGGAUCGGCAUGCACGCCGUCAUGUUCUUCUUCCUCUUCUCCGAGUUCUACAAGCAGACCUACAACGACGGCACCAAGCGGUCGGGCGCAAAGUCGCUUGCGGCCUUUGCCAAAUUCAUCCCCUGCAACCUUCAAAUGGACAAACUUCACCAAAACGGCCACGCCACCAACGGCCACGCGAACGGCCACGCAAAGGCAGUGAACGGACACGCCAGUUCGUACUACGGAGACCUGCCUCCUGAGCUGAGGCAGAGGACGUCGGAGGCGGCGGCCGUGGUUGCCGGCGGCAACUGAGGCGGCCAGCGGCGGCCAGUGUGCUCGAAGCUCUCAGGACUCUUGUGUGCGUGCUGGCUCCUCCCCUCGAAGGCGGCAGCUGGCUUGUGAUAGGGACGACGUGGACGGGCCGCGAGGGGAGGACAGACUGGUGGUGCCUCCGUCUGACUCUUAGUGCUGCUGCUGCUUUGCUGUGUGUUUGUUGAUUAAAUCUCCUCCUCUUUCAGUUGAGUGAGGGCGGCUCUACUGCUGCUGCUUUUAUUUUUCUACGCGCGCGCCCUUCACCCAACGUUCGGUUAAGAUCGGUGGAUUUUUAAAAAGAGCAAAAAUUAAUCAUCUCUCUCUCUCGUUCGCUCGCUCGUUGUUCACGCUAAAUUUCAAGAAGAAAUUAUUGUAAAAUUUAAGUGCAAAAAAAUAUCACUCGCACUCACCAUUUGAUUGAUAAUAAUGAUCUUGUUGUUGUUAUUAUUAUAUGAGAAUUGUUUGAAUUGUUAAUUAAGCGACGAUCGAUGAUGACGAUGCAUUUUUUUUUUCUUCAUUUUCACUCCGAAACGAGUUUGUUUGUCUGUCUGCCUGUAUGGAGAGAACUAAAAGCUGAAGAACUUGGAACGAAAACUCUGAGAUUUUCACUAGUUACAUAAUCCCCAUCCCUCCAUGAUUGUUUUGAUUGUUAGAGCAGUCGGGCGACAUUCCAUAAAGCCUAAUUAAUUAUUAAUUUUAAUUAAUUGUUUUAGUUGUUUUCUCUCCAUCUCAAGUAUUUAUAAAAGAAGAAGGAACCGUAAAAUGACACUGAACAGUUGUACUCGCGAUAAAUAAAAAAAAUGAUGAUUUGUUGUUCAUAAUAAA